AUGGAUGAAGGUCAAUUUCGCCGCGCCUGUGACCGAUGCCAUAAUCAUAAACUACGAUGCAAACGAAACGGGGCCAGUGGCUGCCUUCGCUGCAUCAAAGCCGGGGUCAAUUGUGUCUUCAGCCCGUCUCUCCGUGUACGAAAAUCACGGCAAGGACCAGCCGUAGACAGCGAAGAAGGCGAUCAGUCCUUGAGCUCUGCUGCGGACUCGAACUCAAAUGCAAAGCAGCAAGACAAUGUUCCAGGUCCCACCACAAACCAAAUGUUGCACAGCGUAUCAGACCCUGACGGUUGUGUCGGCAUAGAAGAUAUAAUGCAAUUUGAUCUGGGGUCGAUGGAUUGGUCCUCACAAGAUGCAGACAAAUCCGAGUAUAGCCUCCAUCCUGCCACAAGACCAUUGAGCAAGCACGACGAAGCGCAGCAAAUAUCCCUCUCUUCGUCGGAUAGCAUCAUGGAGAGCCCAAAGACAACCUAUACUGAGUUCUUUGCAGCACCUUACAAAGACGUUGGUGGUUCACAGAUGAACUCGCACCCCGGUGACACAUCCGCAGACUAUGCUAGUGCAUCUGCCGCGACUCCUUGGAUAUUGCAAACUACCCAAAUCGGCCAGAUGUCGCCAUAUCAACCGCAGUCUUUGCUCAGCGAGGACUAUCAGUCUAGUUCCAAUCAAAAAUCAGUCGAAGAUGGAGGACCACCUCGUUACGCCUCAGGGGGGGAUGCGAACCCUCGUGUGUCACGGCGAGACACUUGGGUUCGCAGGCUAUCUAAUAUCAAUAUCAAGUUAUAUCAGCAUGCCGCCCUAAUAUCACCGCGCUCAAGCACUCACUCCUCAAACUACGGUUCUUUCCCUGAUGGUGAUGGCUCGUUCCUCCCAAACAAAGACGUAGCAGUUGAUCAGACUUUCAUUAUUACGCUGCAGCUACUCGAAAUACUCAACAACCAACAUACGCCUCCCAAUGGCUCCCUACGGGGCACUUUUGCUGACUCUCCCGACCAUGGCACUCUCUUGCUCAUAUUUUCUUCGUAUCUCCGUCUCCUCGACGUUUACUCUGCCAUCUUUCACCGGUUACAUACCUCUCUUGGUCCGCACCCGUCACGACCAUCAACCUCUGCUUCAACCCAUCACCCUUCCAGCACUGUCUGUGGCACGGAUGCUCCCAAUAACGCAUGUCUACCGCGUUUCCCGACGCUCAGGAUUGGCGACUUCUCGCUUCAAGCCCCUUCUUCGCUGAAUGCACUACUUGUUGUCCAGCUAGCGGAACAGCUACUCCAGCGUAUCUAUAUAGCAAUGCAACACUUGAACCGCCGUCGACCCCAGCGACAUUCAGUCUCGGAAUCUUCGCAUCCUCGACGCCCCAGAGAUCGUUAUGACACACUUGAUGGAGAUGCCGAGGACAGCAAUGUCGGUGAUGUGUCCGAGGUGUUACUUAGAUCUGUGCAAAAGUGUCAAAUGGAAGCCAUGGGGAUAUUGAGGGAGGUUAAACGAGCCCUCAAUUCACGAUGA